UGUAUAUAUACGCAUAGAGAGAGAUGACACAAGCACACCUCACUGUUGUCUCUCAAACAUCUGUGCUAACUGCAGCAGCAGACUGACAUCCAAAAUGGGAAAGAUCAUCUUCUAUGAAGACAGGAACUUCCAAGGGCGGCACUUUGAGUGCUCCAGUGACUGUGCAGAUCUACAUUCUUACUUCAGCCGCUGUAACUCUGUUCGGGUGGAAGCUGGUUGCUGGAUGGUCUAUGAGCGUCCCAAUUACACGGGGUACCAGUACUUUCUGAAGAGGGGAGAGUACUCUGACUUCCAGCACUGGAUGGGUUUCAAUGACUGCAUCAGAUCCUGCCAUUUCAUACAGCCAUACCAAGGAUCUUACAGGAUGAGGAUGUAUGAGAGGCCAGAAUUUGGAGGACAGAUGAUGGAAUGCAUGGAUGACUGUCCAUCUGUUUAUGAACAGUACCACUACCAGGACAUUCACUCCUGCAAUGUGAUGGGUGGCUAUUGGAUCUUCUAUGAGCAGCCCAACUAUAGAGGAAGACAAUACUUCCUGAGACCAGGCGAAUACCGUAAGUUCUGUGACUGGGGAGCUGAGAGCUCUAGAAUUGGAUCUUUCAGGCGUAUCACUGACUUCCUUUAAACUGAAGCAUCAUUUCAUCCAAAAUAUUAUACA